CUGCUUAAUUCCAGCCGAACUGGUUCGUUGAUUGCGCUGCGACGACUGUUAGAUAAUAGAAAGAUGGCAGGGAACUUUUGGCAGAGUUCACAUUAUCAACAAUGGCUGUUAGACCCUCAAGAUCUUAUGAAGGAAAGAGAAGCUGAUCUGAAGGUGAUAGAUGAACAGGAAUAUAACAAAGUUAUGAUUUUCUUUGCAAAUUUGCUGCAGGCAUUAGGAGAACAGUUGAAAGUGAGGCAGCAAGUGAUCGCCACAGGAACCAUCUACUUCAAACGAUUUUACUGCAGCCACCCUUUGAAAUGCAUAGACCCUCUCCUGAUGGCCCCCACAUGUAUCUUUCUGGCUUCAAAAGUAGAGGAAUUUGGUGUGAUCUCUAACAACCGGUUGAUAUCAACUUGUCAGAAUUUAAUAAAAAAUAAAUUCAGCUAUGCCUACCCCAGUGGGGAGUUUCCAUACAGGAUUAACCAUGUGUUGGAGUGUGAAUUCUUCCUGUUAGAAAUGAUGGACUGUUGCCUAGUGAUAUUCCACCCCUACAGACCCCUUAUACAAUAUGCAGCUGACAUUGGGCAUGAAGAGAGUUUACUGCAACUGGCAUGGAGAAUUGUGAAUGAUAGCCUGAGAACUGAUAUAUGUUUAUUUUACCCCCCUUAUUUAAUAGCCCUAGCAUGUCUGCAUAUGGCGUGUGUUAUACAGCAAAAAGAUGCCAAACAGUGGUUUGCUGAACUCUCGGUGGACAUGGAUAAGAUUUUAGAGAUAACCAGGCACAUUUUGGCACUCUACGAACUCUGGAAAAAUUAUGAUGAGAAGAAAGAAAUCCAGGCGUUAUUACAAAAAAUGCCUAAACCGAAGACUCAGCCUUCCAGGCCUCCUUCACAGGGACCCAAUGACAACUCAAACAACCAAUCACAGCGAGGAAGCAACUCAAUGACACCUAUUGGAUUAAAAUGACACUAGCAGAAGAACUAAUCGCCUUUUGAUUUUUAAAUACUUUAAAGUCCAACAUAGGACUGCAGAGCACAGCGCUGGGAAAUACAUUAUUCAGCUAAUUAAGCGAUCCUUGGAUUCAAACUCAUACUUAUAUGUGCAUAUGAUUAAACUCUGUGCAUUAUUACAUGUACUCAACUCGUGGAUUGCUUUUAGUCCUUUAUUCAAGUACACAGCCAAUAUAAUUC